AUCAAGAUGGCGGCGCUCAUAGACUUGUUGGCGGCGGGCUUGAUAGAGAAGGAUGUCAACUCUGACGUCUUGUGGGUGUGGUCGUAUCCAGUGGUUACGGCCAAACAGCGAGAGCUUAUCCAGAGGAAAGGAUGUCUAAGCCCCAGUAACAACACCGUGGUGUCCUAUGUGUACGGACAACAUCGGCGGCAGUGGUUCUACAUACGCACAGAAGAAGUGAACGAUGCCCCAGCCCUUCCUAAGGUAAAAAGUUUCUCACUCGUGCUGCUGACGAGGGACUUCAACCCGGAGAAGUACAGCCUGCUAAGCAAGAUCCUCUGCCAUGCCUACCUGGCGUCAGGGAACCCCGCCUCCAUGCUGGAACACUACCUGUCGGUGGUCACCAAAGGCAGUUGCCGGAGCGAGGACAACGGCAUGUUCAAGGUGCAGGACUUCGACAUGAGGAAGGCCUUUGCGGCAGCCUCAGUGAAAGAUGUUAUAAACAUGUUUGGCAUGGAGUCCAUUCUGAUCUAUACGGCGCUACUGCUGAAGAAGCGCAUAGCCGUCUACCACCCCAAGGUCGAAGACCUGUUGCAUUUCGUCAGGGCUUUACCGUGCCUGGUAUGGCACCGGCAGAACUGGUCCCUCCUCUUCCCCUACGUGGAUCUGGAGUCAGACGACGAAAUCCAGGAACUAAAAGCCACCUCGUCCUACGUCGCUGGCUUCACCAACGAGGCCGUCGAGAGCCGGAUGGACCUGUUUGAUCUCUUUGUCAACAUGCCAGCAGCUGAAAUCGCCAUCGCUCCCAAUGCCAAAGAGCAUUUCACCAUGGGGAAGCUGCACAAAGACAUCGCGCAGGUCAUGAUCAGCAGUGCCCAAGACGAAACAGUCAGCAACAAGCAAACCAUCGUGGAUAUUUCCAAUAAGACGAUGGAAUUGAUCAACAACCUCAAGUCCCUCAGCGACUCCGGCCCAGACGGGACAGGGAAAGUAAGCAUCGAGGCUCUGAGGGAACGCAAAAUGCCGCCUGCCACGGAAAACUUCCUGUUCAGCCUCGCCGCAGCCGAAGGACUGGCACAAGUCUAACCAGACUGAUGCAUAUCCAGGCGGUACUGAGACGUACAUGUAGUGAAAUGAGUCAUACAGAUAAACAUGCACAGUAAGUAAAUUAAUAAUCACAGAUAGUGGUACAGGAGUUCAGAGGUCAAAUUUGUGACUGGUCUGCGAGGCCGAUUCCUCACGACAUCGGCUGGAGUGGAGCAAGUGUUAGCAGACAGGAAACAGUAGAAGUGCUUGUGAACAUAAUGAACCAAGUGUUGAACAUGAGCACACUGUGCUGUCUGGAUAGUUAUGUAAUCAAUGGUACUACACACACUUGUACAUGUGAAUGGGCCCUCCCCGCAUUAAGUGGACAAUUUCUUUGGUUGGGCAAAUCAGAUCUUAAGCUCACGAGAUGUUUGAACACCACUCGACAGCUGGGCUUGAGCUGGUGUGGUUGAAAAAGACCAACGAUGAAAAAGACCACCCUCCAUCCACCAGUCCAGUGGGUCUUUCAAACCCUGAGAGUUAUGAAAUUUCUGUCAGGCUUUUUUUAAUGAGAUAUAAACCUUGCCACACUGCGUGCUCCGGCUAUGAUCGCUAAGUUUUUCUACCAAAAGCACCUUUUGUGCUGUAUCUCUGUCAGUUGAUUGUUGAAAUCACACCAAAAAAUGAGAAAAUGAGAUCACUUAUGAUCUUGAACUGAAAACAAAAAUCAAAUGUCCCCUUCAGCUUAUAAAAAUUACUGUAAUUUAUUGCCAAUAUAUAAAAUAUUUUGUAUAUUAUUUGCGUAACACCAACAAAAUAACAUCAAAUUUAUAGUCCUUCUGUUUGAAAACGGUUCAUCAUCACCAUCUUUGGAACUUUGCUGUCUUUGGAACUCUGGUAAAGAACUAAAACUGCUCAAAAGAAACAUCAUGAAGUAACUUCUCGAAUACCCACUUAAACAUAGACUCAAGUUGGAAAAAAAAUUCCUAUGGCCCAUAAUCAGCACAAAGUUGUCUUGUUCACAGCACCGUAUGUAGAAGUCUAAAACUGCAAGACAGAUAUCCAGCUGCAUUGGAACCAGUUGAAAGAGUAACAAAAUUCCCACAUGUCUGUUUGGCAAAAGAUUCAGCUGAAAUUCUGAUACAGCUGGAAUGCAGACUAGUCAAAUCUGAGCUAAAUACACUUUUUUCUACAGCCUAAGAAAAUCAUUAACAUCAUGAGUUGUAAAUAUUUAAGAUAAUUUUUUUCCCCUAUAUUAGCUUUGGUUACAAAACAUCUCCAAGUUUCAUGUCAAAAAAAAACUGAGGUCUACCACGGAUGUAUACAUUGAGCAUUGCCAAUAAUGCCAUGUUGUAAUUGUCAUCUGAUAGAUUCUGAAAGAGAAAAAUCAGUUUAAUCUGCCACUUCGUUUCUUACUGCAUUAACUGUUGUGUCCGAUGCCAAGUUGUGUAUCUUACUGUUAAUAUUUUGAGCUGAAAGUUUAGACAACAUGCUUGCAUGUUACUUGAAAGUUUAUGCCUUAUUUUAUUUACCGCAUAUAUUAACUCAGUAUUACCUUAAAAAGUGACAUGUGACUAAUUGACUUUAUUACCUUACGAUAAUGUUGUCAAACUUUAUUCACAAGGCACGAUUAAAGACUUUCUUCACUGGAA